AACAUUUAAGACAAGACAAUUAUCAGAGGGACUUCAUGUCCCAUGAGCAUCACGUGUACACGUGCGUCGUUACGGUCGUUACCGACGGUACCAUGGAAACAGAUCAGUCGGUGCGGAGGCUGCAACCGUCUCCUCACUGGCAGUUGGAAGCGUUUGGCUGAAGUUCGGCGUAGGCGGGGCGACUAACGUCAGCUGUGCUGUAAGCCUUUAAAAAAAUAAUAAUAUAUGUGCGUGUCGUAAUACGCUACAGGCAUCUCGCUUUCAUCCUCGGGUCUCUUUGGACAACGUUAGCCGGCUAGUUUAGCUAGGUUUCCACAGCUCUGAAGCGUUUGUGCUCCUCGAGCAGCUCCGUGGUGUUUUAGGUUUACAGAAGACUUACCAGAGGAUGCUGGAGUCAAUAAAAGUAACAGAAAGACUCCACUGGCCCCAGGUAGAAAUGUCCAAACAGCACAUCUUAAACUCUGCUGACAAUGCAGUGAGUCCAAGCCAAGUGUACCUGGAAAAGAUCUCUCCCACUGCCCUCAAAGACUUCUUCGACCCCGGUUCUAACAGCUACAGCGUCCUGUUACAGGCUGAGGAGGAGGAAAAGAAGGGCCAAAAACAGUCCCCGUUCAAGAGACCAAAGACAUCGAUGAAAUGUGGCUCCACAUUUAGUAAAAGAAACCGUCCAGGCAUGGCCCCUAAAAAGGCGCUCGCUCCAGAAGGUGUUGGUAAACCUGCACAGACAAACCAUGUUCUCUCAGGCAGCAACUCCAAUCUUAUCAGGCAAGCGCGCAACAUUGCAGUAGUGGGCAGGACAAUGGGCUUAGCUCCUCGUGUGGUUCCACAGCCCAGGAAGAAGAUGUGUGUCCCCACCUCGUCUCGCCCCAAACUUCCCUUGUUGUUCAAAGCAGCAAACACACGGGAGGUGGAAAAUACAAAGAAACUCUGCAUCCUUUCAGCCAUCAAGCCAUCCAAUGUUGACAAAGAGAAGGCCAAAUUUUUUAAGUCUGACUUCAACUACAAUCCGCAGUUCGAGUACAGCAACCCUGUUUCUCCUCCAGUCCUGGCGCGGCAUAACAAUGCCUCAGAUCGCUUCCUGACACAGGCAGUGCGCAUCAUGGAGCUUGCCCUUCAGAGGUACGGCAGCUAUGAAAAAUUUGAGCAGGUCACUGGGGGCAGCCUCCUCUCCAAGAAUCGCAUCUGGCACAACGUCAAGAAGUACAUGGAGAAGGAGGGCUGCAUGGGGGAGAUAGUAGUCCAGGUGACAGAUGACCUCCUUUCCAGAGCCUCCAUGACAGUGGUGAACAGCCGACCCACGCUAACCAUAAACAUCUCCAGUGCCCGAGAGCACUGGCUGGAGGGUAUGCUGAGGCAUGAGAUUGGCACACAUUACUUCCGAGGCAUCAACAACUGCCACCAGCCGUGGAGCAACAGUUUGGGCAGGAAGAAGCACAACCUGAAGCCUCUGAAUCCCACAGAGGAGGGUCUGGCCAGCAUCCACAGUGUCCUGUUCAGGAAAGACCCCACACUGUGGCGUGCUGCUCUGCUCUACUACACCGUGUAUCAGGCUAGCCACAUGUCCUUCUCUCAGCUCUUCCACAACCUGGGGCUCUUCGUCCAGGACCCCAACACCCGCUGGGACUACUGCGUCCGAGCCAAGAGAGGCCAGACUGACACAGCUCAACCAGGGUGCUUCAGUAAAGACCAGGUCUACCUGGAUGGCAUCCUGAAUAUUCUGAGAUACAGGGACAAGAUUGACUUCCCCCUGCUGAUGGCUCUGGGAAAGGUGUCGUUUGAAGAUGUUGACCGCCUGAAAUCCACAGCUCACAUGGAGAAAGUCCGCAUCCCACACUUCAUGCAGGACCAGGCCAGGUAUGCUGAGCAGCUGACUAACAUCAUGGCAGUCAACCAGCUGAAUGACGAGGAGCUCAAGAGCAUCAUCUGAGUCCAGCCUGCACAGUCCUGAAUAAAACCUGACACUGCCAUUCAUAGCUGCAUGCAUCAAAACACCAACACAAUCAGUGUGCAUGCAAGAAGAGUGUGUGACAUGUGCAGAGUACUACAUUAACUGCAUGUAGUUUAGAGUUGUCUCAGAGUGGUAGUGAUAAUUAGAUCUGAUAUUCACUUUUAUUAGAAAUCCACUAUAGCCCAGUCAUAAACCCACAGACAAUGAAGGGAUCAACUAAUCAGUUCAGUGCGCUGUGUUUAGGACUGAGCGUUAGAACAUUUUCUGUGCCAAUACAGUACCUGGACUGCUGUAUCAGCUCAAAAUGAUACACAUCCCAUACUUUUACUGAGCAUUUGGUGCCAACUUUCGUUUACUUCCUCUGAUAUUCACUUUGGAUUAAGGUUUGAAACCCACCUUCUUCGUCAAUAACUUGCAUGAAACACGGGGAGUGUUCAAAUGUACACACACAAACCUAGACCGAACUUGAAACGCCUCGAGUGAGGCUCCUGUCAUUCCUGUUUCCUAUGAGGUCAUUUAGGAUUUGGCGACAGUAAAUGGGUUGUGUUACAAUACAUUUGAACAAAUUUCAUGCUGGCUAAACUUAAUUUUUCUUAAAGUGAAAAAUCAUUUGGCCACAAUUGACUGAAAAUAUCAGCCAUGCCGGUAUAUUAAAUGGUGUCUGAUAUAAAAUAUCCUCCAAAUGCUUAAAAUAUAUUAAUAAUUUAAUUGGAGAUUCUUGUUUUGUGGAUUAAUGCACGAAUAACACAUGAAAACGUAUUGAUUUUAUUGUGAAGUUCUUUCUCCCACGCACCUAUGAUUUAAGUGUACUUACCUGACUUUUAUGUAUCUGCCUCUUUAGUGAAGAUAGAUACGUUCCUGCACUUUCCUGUAGGUACCACUUAGGUUCCUUCUUUUGCAGUACACGUCUUGGACGUUAAAACGGAAGGUUGCUGCUCAAAAGAAUGAAGGUAAAUAAUAAUAAUGAAGACGAUGAUGCUUAAUGCUGCGUCCUCUCACUAUGCAGAGAUAAAGUGAUACGGUACUUCAUCAGCUUAGUCACACAGGCCUGCUAAUUAAAGCCGAGUCUGUCAGCAUUGCUCUGCGUUAGAGAUUAGCUGAAAUGUAAAAUAGUUUGAAAUAUUGUUUAUGACUUUUGGAAUUGACACAUGGACAUUUGGUUUGUUGUUCAGUAUGCUCAAUGAAGCCCGAGUGGUCCUAGUGCACUGACUUGAAACCCUGUUUGACUGUUUGCACUUUUUUACCUUCUACCUUGUUAACAGCACAGAUAUCAGCAGUUACUGUGUUGGCGUCAUUUGUACAGAUGGAUGGAUUUAUGUUUUACAUAACAGACCAAAUGCCUUGUGGUUUUACUGUGAUACUUGAUGGUUUUUUGCGUUGUCGAUACCAGGAAUGGCUAACACAGCGAGCCCUUUGCCUCCUCAGAGAUCCCUUAAAUGGUACAGUUCAAUAACUUGGCAUUUCUAUGUGACGUUUUCUAUUUGAAUGAUUUUUAUGGUUAUAUUUAUAGGUAGAAUCUUUCAAUAAAAUGGACUCCCCUUAAAA